AGCACCGCCGGAAGCAGAGGGAGGCCAAAACAACUUCCGGAUACUUUGACGUAGAUCAAAACAUCACCGGAAGUCAACGAGCCAGCAAAUUGAAGGCUCUGGCCGCGAUCAGUGGGAAACCAAACGAGGGAACCCCUGCCGCAGACGCUAGGGAAAUGAGCAGUGUUGGAGGAGGCGGGACGAACGGCGGUGGUGGUGGUGACGACGAGAAGAUGGAAGAAGACGACGAUUCUGGAGAACCGGUUCAAAAUCCGGUCAUCACGAACAAUAAUAACGAGGCGAACGGGGAUGACAAGGAGGACGAUGAUGACGACGAGGGUGACAUGUCCCACUCGCGAUUUGACGAUUACGACAUGCUCUCCUCCGUGGAAGAGAUGAACAAUGGGGACGGUCAUUACGAUGUCGGGACCGGAAAUGGAUUCAAUGCCGCGGCCAAUUUUACCGAUGACGAUUUACGCGCAGAUCUUGAAAAUUGUCGUCUUCACGAGGAGACGGAUUCGGACUCGUUACACGUCAUCUCGUCCGGUCCGUCAUCCUGCAACACGGUCUAUGGCGAGGAUAAUACGAGCGACAUUUCGUCUCAGAGCGCCCCUAUGAGCGUCCCACCCCCACCGAGUAGCGUGGGAGGAGGCAUUUUUGACCAUGGACAGGCAGGAAGUAGUGACGUUAUGAAUAAUUCUCAUCAGAGAAGCUCUUCAAGCUGUUCGGGAGGACCUCCAUCCGUUCAAACGUUUCCACAACCGGGAUCCAAUUCAAACUCGAGUUGUAUGAUGGCGACAACUUCGGGUGGUGGUGGUUCAGGGACGAUGGCGUCCUCACCAUUUCAACCCAGUCCGUCUGGUGUGAUGACGAGUAGCAAUAAUUCCCCACCGAAUCAAGUUGGUCUUGGUCCAGUUUUGGUCAUGCCGACGAAUCCACAACAGCAGCAACAGCAAAUUCAGUCACCUGUAGGGAGUGGAAAUGGGGGUGGUCACAACGGCGUUGUCGUGAUGCAUGAGCAUGGUCAACAGCAAAAUAAUAACAACCUGUAUCAGCAACAACAAAAUAGUUCUCACUAUUCAGAACACGCUCAAGAGCAACAGCAGCAACGCCUCCACGCGUCACAGCCUAGUCCAAGUCCUCAAACCAUCAAGAGAUGCAUAAGAUGGGUGAAGACCGAAGUGUUGAGGCUGUCGCUGAAGAAAUGAGUGCUGGGGUUGUGCCUGUAUCGCAACGUCGUCGGGAAAUUAUACCCAGAUUCUUGAAAAAUAAAACAAAACACAUUUUAUCACGACUCCCGGUUCGCCUUUUCCACAAAUACUACACCCCCGUGGAUGACCCCACCAACUUCAUGGAGGUAACGUG